UUGUGCUUUGUCUUUCCUCAAGUUCUAUAUACGAAGAGGCUCCGCAUCUCCCUCAGCACAACUUCAUGGUCCUUUCCUGUACUCGGUUUUCCAUUCUCUCCCUACAGAAAUGACCAGCCACCCUCAAACAAACUUGACGGCAAAGUAGCCAUCAUCACUGGUGGCGCGAGCGGCAUCGGCGAGGAGGCGGCGCGUCAGUUGACAAAUCACGGCGCAUAUGUCGUGAUUGCAGACAUCCAAGACAAAAAGGGCCACGACCUUGUGUUGUCGAUCGGAUCCCACCGGUGCAUUUACAUCCAUUGCGAUGUCACGGAUGAGCAUCAGGUGAAGUCCUUGGUGGAAUCAACUCUUCAAUCAAAUGGUCACCUAGACAUCUUGUUCAGCAAUGCAGGCACAAUGAAUAACAUCAAACAAGAUACUGAGUUUGAUAUACCUGCUUUCGAGAGCCUCUUUGCCGUCAAUGUUCGGGGAAUGGCCGCCUGUGUCAAGCACGGGGCUCGCGCCAUGGUGGCGGGGGGCAUAAAGGGAAGCAUAAUUUGCACGGCGAGCAUCGCAGCCAGCACUGGAAACGAGAGGGUAGACUAUGUGAUGUCUAAGCAUGCCGUGCUGGGUUUGGUGAGGUCGGCAAGCAAGCAACUUGGAGCAUACGGUAUACGCGUGAACUGUGUCUCCCCUGGACCGGUCGCAACACCAUUAAUCCGUGGAGUGUACGGCGUGAGUGAGGAGGAAGGCGAGAGGAUGUUUGAGUCAAGUUCAAGCUUGAAAGGAGUGCUGAAAGCGAAGCAUGUGGCUGAUGCCGUGGUGUUCCUUGCUUCUGAAGAGGCCGAAUUCAUCAACGGCCACAAUCUGGCGGUCGAUGGUGGAUGGGCCGGAAUUUGAUAGGCUAUUCUGAGGAGACUAGAUAUAAAAGUCGCAAACUCUUAACUCGCCCUGGCUUGGUUUGCCGUAGCAAUAUAAAUCCGCAGAAAUAAUGAAAUCAAGCUGAUGCUAUCUUGUUUGUGAAAGGAAUACUUUGCCUUGUUUUUUAAAUUCGGCGACUCGGUUGGUGAUUUGAUUAAAAAGUAUGCGUUGGUGCUUGUUGAAUUCAACCAAAGGAAUAGCCAAAAGUCCUGCUAUGCCAAGAGGCAAUGAAA